AUGGAAGUUUACAGUGGAAGGAAGACUGACCGGAAUCUCCACCACUCAGCCACGUGGCUCCGAAAAGCCUUCCGGAAAGGCCGCGCAGCCAGGCCUCACGAAAACUGGAUUGAAGUUCAGGAACUGGAAGGUCAUUCAGGAUACAACUCUGGGGCUGGGUUAUCUUGCUGCCCCCUCAGCAGCAGGCAUCUGCCGGUCCCUACCAACAGGCUUAGCCGCCAGGAGCAGAGUGUGAAUACAGUCUCCACCCCCAUGACCACACAUUAUGAAGUGGAAUAUCCCACAUUUGGAGAAAAUUGCAAGGAUCAUCCUACUCCAAGUGCAAUGGACAUGCCUCACCCUGGGAAAACCACCUACCCUAGUCAGCUAAAGGCAAAUGUGCCUAUGUUGAAGACUGUAAAGUCAGAGUUGGUAGGCUCCCAGAGAACCAGGCAGAAGGGUGAUGGCUCAGGCUCAGACCCUGGGAUCUGUCUCAUGUCUCGAGGGUCAGUAGCAAUUCCAGUGCCAGAUUUUGCCAUAACAACCACAGGGAAAUAUCAAGAGAGCCAUCAAGAGAAAAAUUGGGAAAGGAGGCGCGGAGGGCUGCGCAGGCGCGGAGGGCUGCGCAGGCGCGGAGGGCUGCGCAGGCGCGGAGGGCGGAGCCUUACACUGGGAGCAUUGUGGGGCAAGAUGGCGGUUCAGGCGGUUCACCUCGAUUCCGACGUUUUCCUCGUGUGCGUCAACCACGCUCUGAGCACCGAUAAAGAGGAGGUAAUGGGCCUGUGUAUUGGGGUACUGAAGGAGGAAGAGGGGAGUAACUCCGGUUGUGGGAGUUCCGGCGAGGCUCUGGGCUCCGUGGCUGCGCAGGCCCAGGCGGCCCGGAUCGUCCACAUUCGCUCCGUCAUCAUCUUGCCGCGGUCGGACAAGAGGAAGGACCGGGUGGAGAUCUCCCCGGAGCAGCUGUCGGCGGCCUCGGCGGAGACGGAGAGGCUGGCGGCGCUCACCGGGAGCCCCCUGCGGGUGGUGGGCUGGUACCACUCCCACCCGCACAUCACCGUCUGGCCGUCCCACGUGGACAUCCGCACCCAGGCCGCCUACCAGAUGAUGGACCCAGGCUUCGUCGGGAUUAUCUUCUCCUGCUUCGUGGAGGAUAAAAACACGAACACCGGCCAGAUAGCUUACACCUGCUUCCAAUCCGCCCGCGCCCCGAGGAGCGCCGAGUAUGAGAGGGUCGAUGUCCCCCUCCACGUGGUACCUCGUGCCAGCAUCGGGAAAGCGUGCCUCCAGUCGCUAGUAGAGCUGCCCCAGAUCCUGUGGCAGGAAGAACUGGCCUCGUAUAGGAGGAUGUGCGGCCGUCCCGAUCAGGACCCGGUAGCCAGGAUCCGCAAUGCCUCGGCGUACGUGGAUCAUGUGUGCAGUCAGGUGUCCGCGAUCAGCGAUCCCCUCCUCCAGUGGCUGGAGAACAGAGUCGAGCAAAACCAAGAGUUUCUGCAGGAGUUGACCCAAGAGAAGAAAGAGCUUAUGGAAAAACUUUCUUCUCUAAAGUGA